AUGGCUUCGCAAUCUGCCAGCAGUGAUACUGUUCCUGAGCAAAUGGACAUCAAUCUUCAAAUCGUCUCGCCAUCUGUGGGCGUCAAUCGUCCGCUUCAGUUUCCUGCCACGCCGGUGUCGACAACAAUCAAGACGUUAAAGGGGAUGAUUCGCGACGCCCUUCCUCUACGACCAACCGAUUCCAACCAGCGCCUCAUUUACCGCGGCAAGGCUCUUCUGCGCGAAGAUGAGACACUGCUCGAUGUUUUCGGCGCCGAAGCUGUCCGAACGACCGAUCACCACACGAUGCAUUUAGUCCUCCGAGAUGUUGACCAGCCGCCGGUUCCAACGCCUACCACCGCCCCUCCCACCGCCCCCAGCAACUCAUCGACUGGAAGCCAGCUACCACGACCAGCCACGCGGUUGUUCAACCACCUUGGGCACAGCUUGGGCGGAAACCCCGUGCCCGCUGCCGCUGGCGGCCCAGAAGCUGCCCAACCCGGCCAACCACAGGUGCAGCCCAGAAUACCGUCCCCGGCGCCACUUGGCCAGCAGCUGCCCCCGCCCGCUGCAGCUGCUUUCCACCAGCAGCACCAGCAGCUCACCAGCUGGCUCAACCAGGUGCAGAGGGAAGCCAUGAGCCGGGCCGUCAACCAAAACCAGCGAGGAAGAGCGCAGGCAGGCAUGCGAGGGAUUGCGGAUGCGGCGCGUGACCCAAGCAGCCGCAGAGGCAGCCCGGCGCCUACACAUACUAUAUACCGCGAAACACAGGGCCCGAACGGACGGACUUACCACAUGGAGACCGUACUUCGCACUCCAGCAUCGGCUGGCAGUCAGGCUGGAACUUAUAGCGUGGCGGACAUUCAGAAUAUGGGUGUCUUCACCUCGCUGGUAGAGAAUCUGGGCGUCAAGGAUAUACAAUUCGAGGAGCUGCUCACACUCGACCCUACUGAGCUGCUUGCGCUGCAGCCCGUCCACGGCGUCAUCUUCCUCUUCAAGUAUCCGACCGACGCGCCCUACGCGACACCCGACGGCCCGCACGACGGCAAGUUCGAUCAUGCCGCGUCGGAGAAGAUGUUCUUCGCCGCGCAGACGAUACAAAACGCGUGCGCCACGCAAGCGCUGCUGAGCGUGCUGCUGAACCAAACCAGCGACGGCGCCGCCGCCGCCACCGGCGGCGGCGACCCUGAUGACGGCUGCGCGGUCGACAUUGGCGAGAAGCUGCGCGAGUUCCGCGAGUUCGCCAUGGUGCUGCCGCCCGAGUUCCGCGGCGAGGCGCUCAGCAACUCGGACCUGAUCCGCGAGGUGCACAACAGCUUCGCGCGCAGCUCGCCCUUCGUCGACGAGACGGCGCGCGACCCGAACGCGGAGACGGAAGACGCCUUCCACUUCGUCGCCUACACGCCCGUCGACGGCACGCUCUACGAGCUCGACGGGCUGCAGUCCGCACCAAUCGCGCACGGCGCGUGCGCGCGCGACGAGUUCCCCGCGCGCGUGGUCGAGGUCCUGCAGCGGCGCGUCGCGCGCUACGCCGCCUCGGAGAUCCGCUUCAACCUGCUGGCCGUGUGCCGCGACCUGCGGGUGCGCGCGCGCGCGUUCGGCGACGAGGAGCUGUUGGAGCGCGAGCAGCGCAAGCGGAGGGAUUGGCGCUUCGAGAACGCGCUCCGGAGGCACAACUUCGUGGCGUUUGCGGGCGAGGUGCUCAAGGGCGUGGCGGCGGAUCGGCUCAAAGCAGGUGGUGACGAGGCGGUCGAGGCGUGGGUGGACGGCGGGUUGAAGAGGAAGGUCGCUGCCGAGGAGGCGGCGCGUGCGCGGACGGCGGGCGAUGGGGACGUGGACAUGAAGUAA